GCAGCCAUCGCCGCAGCCGAUCAGAUAAUAUGGCUGCAGCAGUUGAGGUGGCACUUUCUGGACGCUGUGUUGUUUAGACCGGCUAAAAAACUGCUGAAAACACCGCUAACAAUCUCCGCAAACGACGCAGACCUCAACGUUUGACCGCCAGCUAAGUAAUUAGCCGUUUGACUGAGAUAAAACGACGGUUAGCUUAGCUUGUCCUGCAAAUUCCUUCAGGGAAACGAUCAGCUGUUAUUAGCCGGCAGGGUCUGCGCUAAAUGAGCGUCCGUCAGCCUCAAAAGAGACUUUGUUUCGGAGGAUUUAAGUUUGAAAGUUAACGUCGUGUCUGUGGUUUAGAGCUAACAGUUGAACUUGAUGACCGAGCUUGCUGUUUCACCUCUGGUGUCAAAGCUAGGCUAGCCCCCCGGUCCUCUCCGGCCUUGCUUUGUUGUUGUUUGGUUUUUAGCCGUCAACAUGUCAUCGUGGCUGGGAGGAAUCGGCUCCGGCCUCGGCCAGUCUCUGGGCCAGGUCGGGGGAAGUCUGUCCUCCUUCACCGGGCAGAUAUCUAACUUUACCAAAGAUAUGUUACUGGAGGGGGUCGAAGAAGUAGGAGAUGCCGCCACGGAGCUGCAGGUGUCUAAUUCCAAGUUGGCUGAAGUCGAGGCUGCAUUUGCCACUCAGAAAUCUGAGUACGACAGAUUAAGAAAGCUGCAUGCAGAGCUCGAGGAGAAGUUAGAGGCAGCAGAGAUCCAGAUUAAAGCUCAGUCUGCAGAGUACAGAACCCUUCUGCAACAGAAAGAUGUGGAGAUCAGUCACCUUAAAGCUCGGCAGAGCGGACUCCAGGAAGAAGUCCAGAAGCUACAACAGUCGACUCAGUCCGCCUCCAUCGGUCCCGCUGUGCUGCCCGUCACCACUGCUUCCUCCACCACUACCUCUUCUGCCUCCUCCUUCCUGUCACGGCCCCCGGGGUCACAUCAGGGCUUCCAUAGCGAUGAGAUGGACCUCAGCGACGUCAUAUGGUCGCAACAGGAGAUCAACCGACUGUCGACAGAAGUGAUGCGUCUGGAGGCGGAGGUGGCACACUGGAGGCGGAUGUCUCAGGCAAAGACAGCAGCAGGAGCAGGUAACGGCGACCAGGGAGAGAUUCUCAAACUUCAAAGAACUAUUAAGGAGCUGCGUGAGGAGAUGAGUCGUGAGGUGGACGAACACCAGCAUGAACUGACGGCUCUGCAAGACGCCCAGAGGCAGAAGAUGGCUGACAUCACACGGCGGCAUAGAGAGGAAUUGGCAGAGUACGAGGAGAGGAUAGAGGAGCUGGAGGAGCAGAUCCAGAGUGGUGGUGGUCAAGCCACGUCUCCAUCAGACGCCUCCAAUCUCCCCGAACUGCAGAAAACCAUAAGCUCACUGAAAGAAGCUGCAGAUGAGCGGGAGAAGCAGCUGGCCGAGCUGUCUGCCAGUCUGGAGGAGGCACAGAGGAAACAGGCCUCGCUGCAGCUGGAGAAGGACGAGGCCCAGGAAGAAAACAACGGGCUGCUGGAGAACUACACGCGGCUGCAGGCCUCCGUCACUGAGCUGCAGACACGAGUGCAAGAGCAGGAGGGGAAGUCUCUGCAAAAAGCCCAACUAGAGCACGAGAUCCAAGUGUUGAGAAAAAACCUUGCAGCUGCGGAAAAAGAAAUAGAGGGACUGAAAAGCCUGGCCGAGGCGGGACCAAAGGAAGAAGUUGAGCAUGCAGACAUCUUAGAACUGAAUACAAUUAUUGGGACGUUAAGACAAGAAAAGGAAGUCCUAGAACAAGAAAAGCUUAAUCUGCUAGAAAAACUAAAACAGGCAGAGAAGCAAAUAGUUAGCAAUAACGCAGCUGAGUCUGCUGAAUCAGAGGCAGUGGAGGAUCUGAAGGCUGAGCUGGAGAGGAGAGAAAAGGCCCUGAGAAACACUGAGGAGGAACGGGACACCCUUAUGUCUGAGCUGGAUGAACUAGACCGGCAAAACCAGGAAGCAACACAGCACAUGAUCUCCGUGAAGGAGCAGCUCUCCGGACAGCUGAAGGAGGCCGAGGCAGAACUGGCGGGACUGACUGCAGAGCUGAACACAACCAAAGAACAGAAGAAGGCAGUGGAGCAAGAGCUGGAGACCCAAAAAGAGAAAACAAGCCAGAGCGCUUUCACCCUCAACGACCUGCACAUGGGCAAACAGGAGCUGGAACGGACAGUAAAGGAGCUGAAGGACAAGCUGGGACAGGCGCAGGAGCAGAGCAGGGAGGCACGGAGAGAAAUCACAGAACUGAAGAGGAGUCUUCAGGAGCGAGAGGAGCAAUUUUCUGUUGCUAAAGCGGAGCUAGAUCAGAGGGGAGAGGGAGGAAGUGAGGCACAGGAAACAAAGGAGAAGCUAGCAGCGAAGGAGAGGGAACUGUCGGACCUCAGGAGGGAAUUAAAUGAGAUGAGGAGCUCUCAGGAGAAGACGAUGUCUGAGGACUAUGAGUUGAAGAUGGAGAACAGGAGGUGGAAGGCGGACAGCGAGGAGGCUCUGGGUAAAGCUGAACAACUAACUAAGCAGAUGAAGGAAAGCCAGGCGGCUCUGAACAGAACAAUACUGGAGAAGGACACUCGUAUCGAAGCUCUGAAACUGGAGAAAACCCAACUAGAGGGUGAACUGGGGCAGACAGAGAGGACGCUGACAGAACAGGCGAAACAGUACCAGCAGACCAUCGAGGAGUUGACUCGCGCCCGCUCCAUGGACGCCUCCGCUUUACAGACGGAGCAUGAGCGAGCCAUCAAGCUCAACCAGGACAAAGACAUGGAGAUAGCUCAGCUGAAAAGAGACAUAGAGCAGCUGGCGUCCGACCACAGAGACACAAAUGAAAUGCUCUCCAUCACAGUCGCAGGGCAGAAGCAGCUGACGGAUUUACUGCAGGAGAAGGACAUCUUCAUGGACACUUUAAAACAAAACGCUUCUGAUUUGCAGAAAGAGAUGGAGAACCGUAUUUUAGUCUUGACAAAAGAAGUAGACACUCUCAAACAGGCCCUAGAAGAGAAGGAUAAACAGUUGGGGGGUAUGAAGGAGGAGAAUAGUCAUUUGAAAGAGGAGAUUGACCGGCUCAAGGAUCAGCAGAGCAGACCUCAACCUCUGGCUGAGCCCCGGACCUUAGACAUCAUCACAGAGCUGGAGACUGAGAUCACACAGCUCAAGUCUUCCAGGAGUGGUCAGGAAGAGGAGAUCCAGACUCUAAGAAGAACCAUGGAGGAGCUGCAGGCUUCUCUCCUUCUGUCACAGCAGUCCCUCCAGACACAGCAGACUGAGCUUGAGCAGGCUCACGCUCGCCAUCAGCAGACGACACUAAACUACGACAGACUCAUCAGUGCCAGAGAUGAGGAGAUUUCCUGCCUCCAGCAGACUGUAGAUCAGCUCAGUGAGAGUCGAGUCCGUGCCAACUCCCCAUCUGUGCAGGGAGAGGUGAUCCUGCAGGAGGAGAAGACACAGACUCUGAAUCAGGAGAACGGCAACGAAAAACACGACUUAUCAAAGGUAGAUAUAGAAAGACUGGUGAAAGGCAUCAAGGAGAAAGAGACUGAGAUUAGCCAGCUGAACGAGAAGAACCUCUCGCUCACCAAACAGCUGGAUCAGCUGGUGGUGUCUCGGGAUGAAGUGGGAAAACUGUCACAGCUGAUCCUGCAGAAGGAUUUGGAGAUUCAGGCGCUGCAUGCCAGAGUGUCCAUGGUUGGAGGUGGCGGACACAGCCAGGACAUCAUGUUCCUACAGCAGCAGCUGCAGGCGUACGCCGUGGAGAGAGAGCAAGUGCUGGCCGUGCUCAACGAGAAGACGAGAGAGAACAGCCAGCUGCGCUCUGACUAUCACCGCCUCAUGGACAUCAUGGCAGGGAAGGAGGCGGCCCUGUUGAAGCUUCAGCAGGAGAACCAGCGCCUCUCCAACAUGAGCGACCCCUCAGGAAGCCAAGAGAUGUUCAAGGAGACCAUCCAGAACUUGUCUCGCAUCAUCAGGGAAAAAGACAUAGAGAUCGACGCUUUAACUCAAAAGUGCCAAACUCUGGUGACCGUCCUGCAGGCCUCAGGAGGAGAGUCUGGUGCCGGCUCCGGAGGCGUCAGCAGCAACCAGUUUGAGGAGCUGCUGCAGGAGAGGGACACUCUGAAACAGCAGGUGAAGAAGAUGGAGGAGUGGAAGCAGCAGGUGAUCACCACGGUGAAGAACAUGCAGCACGAGUCGGCUCAGCUGCAGGAGGAGCUGAUCAAGCUGCAGAGUCAGGUGUCCGCUGACAGCGACUGCAGCUCCAAGCUGUCGGUGGAUUACGCAGGACUGAUCCAGAGCUACGAGCAGAAGGAAAGGAGGCUCGGAAGUCUGAGUCAGGAGCUUGCUCAGGUCCAGCAGACCAUCACACAGCUCAGCACCACCAAAGAUGUCUUGCUUGGUAAACUGGACAGCGUAGCACAGACUCCAGAAGUAGCUGCUCAGUCUAGUGGACCCUCUCUCACGGCUGAUGCUCCGAGCCUCCAGCCAACAGCAGGUAGUGAGAAACUGCAGGAACAAAUUGCACGAAUGCAAACUCAGUUGGCUGAGAAGGAAAAUGUGAUCAGGACUCUUCAGGAGAACAACCACCGACUCUCCAACUCAGCAUCUGCAACGGAGAGUGAGCAGAGAAGUCAGGCCGAGGAGGUCCGGCUGGUCAAAGAGAGACUGGAGGCGCUGCAGCGGUCUGUGAGGGAGAAAGACCUGCUCAUCAAAAACAAAGGCGACCAGCUGAGCCAUGUCAGCGAGGCGCUACGUAACCGCGAGAAUGACAACGAGGUGCUGAAGCAGGCUGUGACCAACCUGAAAGAGCGAGCUCUGAUUCUGGAAAUGGACGUUAAGAAGCUGAAGGAGGAGAACGAGCUGGUGGCCGCCCGGUCUCGAGAGAAAGAGUCCGAGUUCAGAGCGCUGCAGGAAACAAACAUGCAGGUUUCUCUGCUGCUGAGAGAGAAGGAGUUCGAACUGAGUGCAGUGAGCGAGAAGUCGGCAACAGUGGAGAAAAUGCUCAAGGACAAAGAGCAGGGCAAGUCUGGUGAGCUGAAUCAGCUCCUGAAUGAACUGAAGUCUAUGCAGGAGAAAGCUGUGGCCUUCCAGCAGGAGAGGGAUCAGGUGAUGAUGGCACUCAAGCAAAAACAAAUGGAGACCACUGCAAUACAAACAGAGCUUCAGCAUGUGAGGGACAAAGAACAGCGUCUCAACACGGAGCUGGAAAGGUUGCGUAAUCACCUCUUGGAGAUCGAGGACUCGUACACAAGAGAAGCCCUCGCUGCAGAGGACAGGGAGACUGAACUGCGCAGGAGGGUGGCGCUGCUGGACGAGAAGCUGGCCACGUCCUCCAGUGCUGUGGAGAAUGCCAGCCAACAGGCCAGCAUGCAGGUGGAGUCUCUGCAGGAGCAGCUGAGUGGAGUGGUGAAGCAAAGGGACGAGGCUCUCAUACAUCUCAGAACCUCCCAGGAGCAGGUCAACCAGUAUGCAGUGUCGCUCUCCAACCUGCAGAUGGUGCUCGAGCAGUUCCAGCAAGAAGAGAAAGCCAUGUACUCAGCAGAGCUUGAGAAGCACAAGAAGGAGAAGGACGAGUGGAAAAGAAAAGCUCAGAAGCUGGAAGACCAAGCAUCCGCCCUUCAGAUAAACCUCGAUGAAGCCAACGCUGCUCUAGAGUCAGCGUCUCGCCUCACCGACCAGCUCGAUCUAAAGGAGGAGCAACUUGAAGAGCUGAAAAAACAAGUGGAUGUGAGACAGGAGAUGUUGGAGGAGGCGCAGAGGAAACUGAUGAACCUGCUGAACAGCACAGAGGGGAAGAUAGACAAAGUCCUGAUGCGUAACUUGUUCUUGGGAUACUUCCACACCCCUAAAACCAAGCGUGCCGACGUGCUGAGGCUCAUGGGAAGUGUUCUUGGUCUCACCAGAGAAGAUAUCGAUAAGAUGUUAGAGGAGGACGGACGGCACGGUGUUACUGGAUGGGUGUCAAACUGGCUGGGAGGCAGAGGAGCUCAAAGUGUCCCAAACACCCCCCAGAGGCCCACCAGCGGCCAAGGGCUCAACUCAUCCUUCUCAGAGAUGUUUGUAAAGUUCCUGGAGAUCGAGUCAACCCCUUCGCUGCCCGCACCAAAGCUACCAGUCCAUGACAUCAAGCCUCUGAGCGCGCCACCUCCGAGAAGAACCAGCGGUGCUGCUUCCACCGCCACAGCAGGAGCUGCAGCAGGCGCCAAGCGACCCGGCGAGUCCAAUCCUUUCCUGGCUCCUCGUUCUGCCGCGGUGCCCCUGCUGGCUGGUUCCAGCUCUGGCGGAUCGGGAGGUCACCUGCUCAUGAAGCCGAUCUCUGACGCUCUGCCUACCUUCACUCCGGUGCCGGUCUCAGCUGAGGCCAGUGCCGGAGCUGUGCUCAAAGACUUGUUAAAACAAUGAUCGAGUGCCAGACAGACAACUUAAUUGAUGAAAAGAGUUUUACACUACAGAGACUGAGCAGUUCUGCUUCUCAUUGCUGCUCUUUUUUUUAAAAAAAAAAUAUCCUGCAACAAUAAAUAACCAGAUAAUUCAUGAAGAUUAAUAUUCCCUUUUUUGGGAGGGGACUGAAACUAAAUUUUUGGCUUUUUGAGAUUUAGAUUUAUUUGCAAUUGCUGUUCUAUGCAACAGAGUUUCCCUUUACACAUCAGUCUCAGCAUUAUUGUUACAAGUUGACCCACAAGUUGAUCAAUGAAGUGACUCCACUUGCAAAACGCGGGAUGAAACAUUUCAAACUUGUGGUUCAUUCAGAGUGAGAGAGUAGAUUUUCAUAGAAACUGUCCUUUUAGUCAUGAUUUCCGUCUUACAUUUCGAUUUUUUUUCUUCAGUUCUGAACACAAGUGACCUUGUAAACUCACUGUGUGCAGUUCAUGUGAUCAUGUCAUCAUCGCCUCUGUCUGCAGGAGGAAACGUCUUCAGUUUUCAUCCUCUGACUUGCAUUCAACAACUUUUAUUUCCUUGUCCUCUGUCUUUUUUUUUUCUUUUCAGCGAUGCAGUGACUUGCUCCCGAUCCAGGAGUUGCCUAAAACUCUCUGGCAGCGACAGUCUGCAUAGAGAUUUAUGUGGUCCAGUACAUCUGUUAAAACCAUAAAGACAUUUUUUGCUAAAUCUUGUCUUUUCCAGACGUCCAGACUGUGAUAUGCAACAAGCGUUGUAAUUAUGGCUGCGGACUGUGGUUGAUCAGAGGCUUGAGACUGCUCACAUGUUAAAGUACUAUUAUAUAGUUAUAUAUAUAUAUAUAUGUGUGUGUAAAUGGGUGGCGUUUUUCUAUUUAUAGGCACUAAGGAAGUUUUGGAAGUUAAGUGCCUGCAUUUUUGCUAAUUAGAUAGUUGUGUAAUCAGGACUGUAAAUGGUUAAUAUAAAUAUAUAUAUUUACAAAAUGUAAAAACUGCACAUUUAAACCCUGACCAGAGCUGGCCAGCGUGUCACUGAGCUGCUCUCUUUUUUUUUUUGUAUAGACAUCAAUCAGACGCUGCAGAGGGAAUGUUACAGGGUUUCUCCAGGUGUAUUGAUAAAAUGUAAAAAUUGUAAAUCCUCGCUGUAAAAUCAUUUUUGUAGAUGUUAAAAUUUGAAACUCAGAGGUGUCAAAAAGGAGUUAGAUUAAAGGGAUGGUUCUGAAUUUUUUUAAGUGGGGUUGUAUGGAGUGAUUACCCAUAGACAGUAAAUUGCAUACAGUAGGUGGCAGUCCCCAGUUUGGAGAAGAAGACUGAGGCGAAGCAAUCUAUUGUUAUGGCAGAGUUGGCAACAAAAAGUAUUUCAGACACUUUAAACAAAUCCCACCUCAAAGUUCUGUAUCAGGUUAAGUAUACACUAUGUUUAGAGUAUUUUUACUGCAGACAGUGAUUUUUCAACGGGAAAAUGAAGCUGUUGUGUCACGCUCUUCAAAGCAAGACUGAGGAAAAAUUUAAUUUAAAAUAGCUGAACACAGGAGCUGCUGGUCUGUUGUGUCUUCGAUAAGUUAUUUUGUUU